UGAGAACGACGCGUCCGUCGCGGUGAGCAGAGUGUCGUCGAGGUAACCAGCUCCAGGGUGGGCAGGCCGUGUUCACGUCCGAAAGAUUUAGAGACCACCGAGGAAAAUGGCGGACCUCGAGGCGGUGCUGGCCGACGUCAGCUACCUGAUGGCCAUGGAGAAGAGCAAAUGCACACCGGCCGCCAGGGCCAGCAAGAAGAUCAUCUUGCCUGAUCCGAGUGUACGAAGCGUAAUGCACAAAUAUCUGGAAAAGAAGAAAGAAGUUAACUUCGACAAAAUAUUCAAUCAGAUGUUUGGUUACCUCUUAUUCAAAGACUUCUGCGAGAAUGUGGCGGAGGAGCCGAUUCCGCAACUUAGGUUUUACGAAGAGAUUAAGGCGUACGAGAAGCUCGAAUGCCCGGAAGAGAGGAGAAAACUUGCCAGAAAGAUCUACGACAAUUUCAUCAUGAAGGAGCUGCUGGCACACUCCCAUGAAUACUCCGCAGAAGCGGUGUCCCACGUUCACAAAUACCUCGUCAAAAACGAGGUUCCCGUAAACUUAUUCGAGCCGUAUAUCGAAGAAAUUUUUAAUCACUUAAGAGGGGAGCCGUUCAAGAAGUUUCUGGAGAGCGAGAAGUACACUCGAUUUUGUCAAUGGAAGAACUUAGAGUUAAAUAUGCAGUUGACGAUGAACGACUUCAGUGUGCACCGGAUAAUCGGCAGGGGCGGUUUCGGAGAAGUUUACGGGUGUCGGAAGGCGGACACCGGGAAAAUGUACGCAAUGAAGUGCCUCGACAAGAAGCGAAUAAAAAUGAAACAAGGGGAAACUUUAGCACUCAACGAAAGGAUAAUGCUUUCGGCAGUCAGUACCGGAGUGGAUUGUCCGUUUAUCGUAUGCAUGACAUAUGCCUUCCAAACUCCAGACAAACUGUGCUUCAUUCUGGACCUAAUGAACGGCGGUGAUCUUCAUUAUCACCUCAGUCAGCAUGGAGUAUUCAAUGAACGAGAAAUGAAGUUCUACGCAGCUGAAGUGAUACUGGGAUUAGAACACAUGCACCGUAGGUACAUCGUUUAUCGGGAUCUGAAGCCUGCAAAUAUUUUACUGGACGAGCAUGGACAUGUCAGAAUAUCAGAUCUGGGAUUAGCUUGUGAUUUCUCAAAGAAGAAGCCACAUGCAAGUGUCGGAACCCAUGGGUAUAUGGCACCAGAAGUAUUGUCAAAAGGUGUGACCUAUGAUUCCAGUGCUGAUUGGUUCUCGUUCGGUUGCAUGUUGCAUAAAUUGUUAAAAGGGCACAGUCCAUUCAGGCAACAUAAAACCAAAGAUAAACAUGAAAUAGAUCACAUGACAUUAACUAAGAACGUCGAACUACCGGAAACAUUUUCGCGGGAACUGCGCUCUCUGUUGGAAGGUUUGCUGCAACGUGAUAUCAACAACAGACUCGGUUGCCGUGGCAGAGGGGCCGACGAGUUGAAAGAACACCCGUUUUUCAGUGGUAUUGAUUGGCAACAAGUUUAUCUCCAGAAAUACACACCGCCACUUAUACCGCCACGUGGUGAAGUGAACGCCGCAGACGCCUUUGAUAUCGGUUCCUUUGACGAAGAGGAUACGAAAGGUAUCAAACUGACGGAUGCGGAUCAAGAUCUGUACAAAAAUUUUCCUCUGACCAUCUCUGAAAGAUGGCAAGCUGAGGUAGCCGAGACUGUGUUCGAGACAAUCAAUAACGAAGCAGACAAGUUGGAGAAUAAGAAAAAAGCUAAGCAAAAACAGCGAUUUGAUGCUGAUGAGAAAGGAUCAGACUGCAUUUUACAUGGUUAUAUUAAGAAAUUAGGUGGUCCUUUUGCAAGCGCUUGGCAGACGCGUUAUGCAAAACUUUACCCUAAUAGAUUAGAAUUACAUCCCGAAUCUACGACGAAACCUGAACUUGUUUUUCUCGACCAGGUUGAGGAAGUCAGCGCUGACCUCCAGCACGUGAAAGGAGAACAAUGUAUUAUCGUCCGCACGAGAGAUGCGAAAAUAGUACUUACAUAUCCCGAUGAAAUCAGUUUAAAAGAAUGGGCGGUAUCAUUAAGAUCCGCGCACAAGUGUUCAAUGGAAAUGCUGGGCAAUAUGGCGAAAAAAGCAGUGAAGAUAUACGGGACUGAACGGGAUGCAGUGAUUCCACCGAUGCAGCGCUCCACGAAUGGCAACUAGCCCACUGCUAAUACCUGCACGCCGUCAUUAUACUCCAGUCCCACUGCCUCCCAGCAGGAGCAACUUUUUUUAUACUGAAAAUCAACGCAGAGACCUAGACAGAUUUCCAACACGGAUGGUACCGAGAGUGGUGUCUUCUCCCUCUACGACCAGCAAUCCGCGGAAUCAGACGUAUCUAAGUCUCGGAACAGCUCCAAAGAAACUCCCUUUAAACGGCGGGUAGCGUCGCGCUGUAUAGAGACUCUAGGAAGUAGUGUCGUACGAAUCGUCACGUCGUUAUAUUUGUACGUUAGCUGUAUGUGCAAUGUGGCGUAGGAACUAGCGACUGAACAAUGCCCAUCGACACAAGCGCGCGUACGCGCGUUCAUUCACGUAAAAAACUUCAUACAGGAUACAUACAUGCACGCACAACAAGUAUACUCAAGUGCAACGUAGACUUCUGCAGAUUAAGGAGAAAUAUAGACGGAGAAGCCUAACUUAGAACCUUCUGUCAUUGCAUGUAAAGAAACAUGGACAGAUAAGGCAAGAGGUAGGACAUUUCUUUCCUUACGGUUCUCCUUACCUAAGAGAAGUCUAAGUUGUAUAUAACCGUACACACAUACAUACAUGUACACACAGUGAACACGAAAAUGCAACCGGUAGUGUAUUAGUGUUAUAUCAGUACGAAAUACGCCCUGAAUCCCGAUUAUACUUCUUCUACACCGUUCUAUACCGCUCGUUUACUUAAUUUAUUUACUAAUGCAGAACGAUUUUAUAUUGUCGUUACGUAAACGGUAACACACGCGCGCGCGAAAUUCGUUUAUUUAUUGUGUUGAAGGAAUCGAGAAAACAAAACGAAAGAAGAACUCGAAACAGUUCGUACAUUGUCGGCAGCCAACAGAGGAUCGCUGUAAUAAAAUUGUGUACGCUCGAAUGGAUACUGGCGAGUUCGCUCCGGCAAUAAAAUUGUGCGACGAACGUAGA